CAGCCACCCUCAGCCCUUCCCGAUCUUCCCGACCCGACAUAUGGAGGCGUCUACCGUGCGGAGGUUGGACGAGCUGGUUCCAUGGCACGCCAUGCCUGCCGUGGUCCCCGACGACUACGACGCCGGCAACCCGCUGUGGGAGACUGUGUCGUGGGAAGCUGCCGCCGUGGACACGGACGGCAAGCCCACCCCCCCACCACCUUCCUCCUACCGUCCAGACGACACAGAGUCUGCUGGGGCUUCUUUGGUGUCAUCUAUGGACAUGCCCACCGACCAUGUUGUUGCUCGCCUGGACCGGGGCGAUGCCGACACGGGCGAUGCUGGUGCCGAGACAGAGACUGCGGUGGAGGCCAAUGCGGAGGCUCUUGCUGGAGCGAGUGCGAUGAGUGGGGCAAAGCCGGUGAGUACGGCAAAGACGGAAGAUGACGGAAAUGCGAGCGACAGCGAGAUCGGCGGAAGUGGCCGGAACAGCCGGAGCAAGGGAAAGUCCGAGAGCCGCAAGGGUAGCAAGACGCUGGAUCCGCUACGGGCUCUGGCGGCAGAGCAGCGAGAGGCCGAUGCGGCACGGCGAAAGGCUCGCGAGCGGGCUGCGGCUGCGGCCGAUGCGGCGGCAGCGGCGGCGCGCAAGGCCGAGACCGCACACCAACGGGACUUGCUACGGGCACGAUUCGAGGCCGAGCGGGCAGCGCGCGAGCAUGCGCGGGCGCGUGGCGAAGGUGAUGACGAGAGCAGCUGCGAGUCGGCCAUCAAGUUUCCCAUCAUGCCGUUUGCCAACUCGAAGAUUGUACUCUGGUGCGGAAACGUGUACGAUCUGGCAGUGGAUGUCAUGGUGACAACCAAUAACGAAACGCUGUCCGAGACGUCGGGCCUUGCCGGGCGGCUGCUGAAGCUUGCCGGCCCGGAGCUGGUAUCCGAGUGCCGGAGCCGCGAGCCGAUCCGGACCGGCGAGGUCCGCGAGACGCUGGCGGGCAACCUACCGUGCGCGUAUGUGCUGCACACAGUGGCGCCGCGGUUCAACACCAAGUACCGGACCGCAGCUGAGAACGCGCUGCACAACUGCUACCGGAACUGCCUGCAGCGAGUCAAGGAGCUCGAGCUGCGGUCGAUCGGAUUCUGCGUGGUCCAUGGGCAGAAGCGCGGGUUCCCGCGGGCCAUCGGGACGCAUGUUGCGGUCCGGACCAUCCGGCGGUUUGUGGAAAAGUGGCACACCGACAUUGACACCAUUGUGCUGUGCGUGCCCAAUCCGGCCGAGUAUGCGGUGUACGCAGCCGUGCUCCCGCUCUACUUUCCGCGCUCGCUUGGCGAAGUCAAGCUCGCGCUGACGCAGCUGCCGGAGGACACCGGUGACAUCAAUGGCGAGACCAUCCUGGAGGAGCGGAUCAUUCGCAUCCGCUCGUCGUUUGGCGUGCGGCGGCUGCGGAGCGGGCCGCACACGCGAGACCACAAAGUCUCGCGAGUCUCAAGGGUGAGCUCUGCCGGGCCGUCGUCGUCUGAAGCAGAGGCCGAGUACGGCUACGAGUACGAGUACGAGUACGCGGGCUAUGAGGACGUUGACCUUGUUGCCGGCCCGAUCUUGUGGUAUGAGCCGCUGCUUCCGGCACCCGGCGCAGGGCCGUCGGGGCCGGACAUGGCGGGCAGCGAGGCGUGGAAGAGCAAGAGCGGCGGCGGGGCAGACCAGGACAUCUCAGACCUGGCGCGAAUGCAGGCGUCGCCAGACGAUGUACGGCCGCGGCCGGUGCUGUCCGAGGCCGACCGUCGUGAGGCCGAGCUUGUGCGGCGGUAUCAGAUGCUGCUCAAGACUGCGGCCGGGAUGGAUCUCUCAGACAUUGAGGCUGCGCGAGUGGUGUAUCUCGGCGGACACGACCGAGCAGGGCGGCGGAUUGUGGUGUUUGUGGGCGCACGGGUCUCGACGCAGCCGCCCCACCUCGACCGGAUCCUGCUGUACACACUGCUGCUGAUGGACUCGCUGGUGAGCAAGCGGUACACGUGCGUGUACCUGCACACUGACUCAAAGUCGGAGAACCAGCCGGACACGGCAUGGCUCAAGAAGUUGUACUCGAUUCUGCCGCCGCUGUACAAGGCCAAUGUCAACUCUGUGGUUGUCGUCCACCCGACCUUUUGGCUCAAGACCGUGAUGUGGUUUGCCAAGGCCUUUGUCACCGCCAAGUUCUUUACCCGCAUUGCGUACUGCAAGUCGCUCGCCGAGCUCUUUGAGCACGUCCACCCGAGCCAGCUCGAACUGCCGCAGCAUGUGGUGGGGUACGACGAGGCCAAGUACGGGCCGCUCGACACGCGGGUGUACGGGACCGAGUCGCCUGCGUCGGUGUCUCAGAACGUACUGUAGCGUGCAUUGGUCUGCGGCGGCGAGCGCGUGGGUGUUGUUCAAUUAGACUUGGGCGCGACCGGAUCGGGCGAGUACGGGAUGCCAAAGAGUGCGGCGGCAAUGGCGGCACGGCGCUGCUUGGCGACGUAGAGAGUGAUCGACUUGGUGGUGAAAAAGCCCUGGACGGGAAUGGGCUCGGCGCGGUCUGCGCGGGUGGCAAGGACAACAAACGACGAUGGGUUGUCCAUGGCGUUGAUGGCGUCGACAAGCUCCACCAGCUCGGGGUGAUCAGAGGCGAGAGUGUCAGUGGGGAGAGUGACCGACUUGGUGAUGGCCUCCAUGUUGAAAAAGGCAAAGAGCUUGUGGGCCUCGAUAGUGACAACAUGCCGG